CGUUUCAGUGUUGUUAAAAGUGGUCAAAUUUAAAAGAGAAAAUUCAUCAUUUAUAAUUUCUAUGGUUUAUCUACUAUUGGUUAUUUAUAUUGUGAUCGUUUUUAAUUGAAAAUUGUCUUAAUAAUACAUUGUUGUCUGACCUAUUGUUUAUUGAAUUGAAACUCGAUAGUGCGUUCUUUCCACCGAUUAGUUAAUCAUUGCCACAACUAUAGGUGUAUAGGUGUGUAUGGUUUAAUAACUAUUGAAAAAAAAAUAAUAAAAACAAAAAAAUAAACUGUCAACAGCUAAAUAAUUCAUGUGUCUUAACAUAAACAUUGUGUUUUGGUUCAUUGAAAGAUUUUAGUUCAAUGGAUUACGAGUUCAAAAUUAAGACGGGCAAUGAAAGAGCUAAAGUGGAAGAGCUGUUUGACUAUGAAGGGUGUAAAGUUGGAAGAGGUACAUAUGGUCAUGUAUAUAAGGCCAGAAGAAAAGAUGGGGACAACAGUAAAGACUUUGCUUUGAAACAAAUUGAAGGCACUGGAUUAUCAAUGUCAGCAUGUCGUGAAAUUGCUUUGUUACGUGAAUUAAAGCAUCCAAAUGUGAUAAAUCUAAUAAGAGUAUUUUUGUCACAUAAUGAUAGAAAGGUUUGGCUGCUCUUUGAUUAUGCAGAACACGAUCUUUGGCAUAUUAUUAAGUUUCAUAGAGCAGCAAAAGCAAAUAAAAAACCGGUAAUGGUUCCCAAAGGAAUGGUUAAAUCUUUACUGUUUCAAAUCCUUGACGGAAUACACUAUUUACAUUCUAAUUGGGUUUUACAUAGAGAUUUGAAACCAGCUAAUAUUUUAGUAAUGGGUGAAGGCCCCGAAAGAGGACGUGUAAAAAUAGCUGACAUGGGGUUUGCUCGACUUUUUAAUGCUCCAUUAAAACCACUUGCUGAUCUUGAUCCAGUUGUAGUUACUUUUUGGUAUCGAGCUCCUGAACUUCUAUUAGGCGCAAGACAUUACACUAAAGCUAUUGAUAUUUGGGCAAUUGGCUGUAUAUUUGCUGAAUUAUUAACAUCUGAGCCCAUUUUUCAUUGUCGCCAAGAAGAUAUUAAAACAAGUAAUCCUUACCACCAUGAUCAAUUAGAUAGAAUAUUUAAUGUAAUGGGCUUUCCUCAAGAGAAAGAUUGGGAAGACAUAAAAAAGAUGCCCGAACAUCAAACUUUAAUGAAAGAUUUCAAACGAUCAAACUAUUCAAAUUGUUCUUUGGUGAAAUAUAUGGACCGGCAUAAAAUCAAACCGGAUAGCAAAGCAUUUCAUUUAUUACAAAAAUUAUUACUUAUGGAUCCUAACAAAAGAAUUACUUCAGAACAGGCUAAACAAGAUUCAUAUUUUCAAGAAGAUCCUACACCUACUUCAGAUGUCUUUGCUGGGUGUCCAAUACCAUAUCCCAAAAGAGAGUUUUUGACUGAUGAUGAUCAAGAUGAUAAAGACAAAAGGCAACAAGCUACAAAUAUUUUUGCAUAUGAUCAUGGACGUUACUUAAUCGAUAGUUCUAACACUCGCAUUUAUAAUAAGAACAAUAGUAUCACAUCUAGAUUUGACAGUAUCAGUAUUACCCAGGAUCACCGUAAUAGCUUAACCAACAAUGCUUAUGUUAAUAGUUUGCAUGAUUGGCAUGGCUUAAAUCACACUACGCUAGAGGGUGCACAUUCUGAUCAGUCGGGCAGUCAUCAUAGUCAUCAGCAACAACAUGCAGCUAAUCAAAAACGUAUGCGCAUGAAUGGGCUUGGUCAACAUCCGAGUGUCAACCCAGGAACAGUAAUGCCACCUAAUGUUCAACAACAACAGCAGCAGCAGCAACAACAGCAGCAGCAGCAGCAGCAGCAGCAAGUGCAGCAACAGCAGCAGCAGCAACAACAACAACAGCAACAACAAGUGCAGCAGCAGCAGCAGCAACAACAACAACAACAACAACAACAACAACAACAACAAGUGCAGCAACAACAACAAGUACAACAGCAACAAGUACAGCAACAACAAUCCCAACACCCGCAGCAGCAACAACAACAACCCCAACAUCCACAACAGCAGCAACAACAACCACAACACCCGCAACAACAACCACAACACCCACAACAACAACAACAACAACAACCACAACAACAGCACCAACAAGACUUCCAUCAUGUGCCUCAACACCAGCAAAUGAUGUAUUCUCAGGUCAAUCCCAAUGGGCCUGGUCCUAAUUAUUCACAAAGGUUUUGAAUUAUUUGAAAUAAUUUUUUUACCUAUUUGACUGAUAAAUUGUAUUAUUUAUUAAUUUUUAUCAAGUACAUAAAAAACUACAUAAAAAGCUUAUCUUAAUAUGUCUUGACUAAAGAAUUAAUUUAAAUCAUCAGGUUAAAUGUGUACAUUUGUUGAAGUUCAGAUUGUAUCAUAUAUAUAUAUAUAUAUUUUUUUUAAAUAUAAUUAUCUAACAUUAGAAUUCAUUUUAAUCGUUUUAUUAUGAAAUAUUAAUGAAUUAUUUUAUUAUUAAAUUGCUGAUAUUUGUGCUCUUUUAGCCUCAAAGGUGGUACUUAAAACUGUUGUUAUAAUGAAUUAUCAAUGAAUUAAUAUAUAUUAUGUUAGAUAUUAUAUGUGUAAAAUCCAAAUGGUGGUAUUAGAGUCAAUUAUUUCUUGGCCAUUUAUUAAUAAUCUAACUGUAAAUCACUAUACCCUCUUUUGACCUUUAAUUUAACAUUUUAAUUAAAUCACUUGAAAAAAUCUUUUAUUUAUCAUUGUCAUCAAAAAUUAAAUUAGCAUUAUAUAUUAAUAAUAUGUACUUAAGGUAUAUUGUUCUUGUACUAAACUUCUAAGUUCUACUAUCUAUUUACUGAGAGUACAUAGCUCUAAAUACUGAAUCUCAGUAAGUUACUAUACAAUAAUUUUAAAAAUUAAGUGAUUAAAGUAUGAUAAGAUGUACUGUAUUAGAUUAUUAUCCAUUUUUAAACUUUAGCAACAGUAAAACUAUUUAAAUAGUAGUUUAUGCUUACUGGGUGCCAGGUUUUUGGUAAACAACAUCAAUAAACAAGGGUACCAUCCUACUAGAAUUUUAGUUCAUUAUUUAUAUGGUGACCAAAAUAAGUCUAAAUUGUUAACACUAGCCUCAGAGUAUAUAUUUUACAGAACCUGGUACGGAUUCUUUAAAUUUAUUAAGUAUAAAUGAAUAUUAGUCGUUAGUAUUUAAAAUGAGUGUAUAUUUUCUGACGAAUAAAAUUUACAUUUGAUUAAAA